CCUCCCACGCAACCGACGGCGUCCCGCCGCGCUCGCCUUCCGCCCGGCUUGCCGCUCGCCAUGCUGCCCCCGGGGGCGCUCCGCCGGCCCCUCGCCGCCGCCGCCCGCCUGGCCCGGGCCGGGGCCCGCUCUCAGGUACUCGCAUCCCUUGCUACAGGGCCCAGACAAAAUAAUAGCAUUUUCUACGAAAUUCGCACAUAUGACAUUAAGCCGUCGAAGAUGAAGGAGUUUGUGGAAAUGGUCAACAAGUACUUUCAUCUUCGCACAGCUCACUCGGAGCUGGUGGGAUUCUGGUCUGUGGAGCUGGGAGCGAUGAAUAAGGUUGUCCACGUUUGGAAGUACGAGAAUUUUGCCCAAAGAACAGCAGUCCGGCAUGCACUAGCCAAUGACAACGACUGGCAGGGAAAAUUCAUCUCCGCAGCUCUCCCCUUGGUGGAAAAGCAGCACAAUGAGGUUGCUUAUCUGGUACCCUGGUGUCAGCUUGGGAAGCCUCCAAAAGAAGGGGGAGUAUAUGAAUGGGUUACCUUCCAGAUGAAGCCUGGUGGGCCAGCACUGUGGGGGGAAGCGUUUCGAGCUGCUAUCAAUGCUCACAUCAACACAGGCUACACCAAGCUGAUUGGUGUUUUCCACACAGAGUAUGGAUUACUUAACACAGUCCACGUGAUCUGGUGGAAUGAGAGCCCAGAUCACCGGGCAGCGGGAAGGCACAGUGCCCAUGAAGACGCCAGAGUGGUAGCAGCUGUGCGGGACAGCGUCAGAUUCUUGGAGUCCCAGAAAAAUAUGCUCCUGAUUCCGCUGCAGUGCUCGCCGCUGAAGUAACCUUCUAAAGGAUGCAACUGACGGGAGAAAGGACAAGAUGGAAGUGCUGUCAGCAAGUGCCAUCACAUGGAUCAUCAUACCCUCUUGAACUGAGCCAACUGUUCUUCAGUUUACAAUAAAUGGAUGCAAAACGCUGAUUGCUAGCAACAUAAAUCAGUAAAAUUUUGCACCCUGAUAGCAACUGCUAAACGGAAGUUUAUAGUGAUGUUCCUACCUCCCCAGGAAAAAGAACUUGAGCCAUGUCACUUAUGGCAUGAACCACCCUUCACCUAUCUUUUGUUUUAACCUCUCAGUUCCUAAUGCUUUUCUGCAUAGCUAGAUCACUUACCAAACCUUCCAUUGUCCUUCUCCGACCCUACAGCUCAGGGCUGGUAUCAAUUUCAUAACGUACUUUUGUGGCUCUUGUAGUUAUCACAUCAUACUGGUUUAAGAAGGAAUGCACCCACAUACCUGUUACCCAGUUACAUUUUAAUCAGACUUCUCACUGGGAUGCUGCAUAUUAAUUCUGAGCAAUGUAGAACGUCAGUGUGGCCAGAACUGCCCCUAGGAGCACCUGCAGUGAAGCUGGUCAGGUAGUGGGUCCCAGUGAACUCUGCCACAGGAAGAGCAUUUAUUCCUCUGUUAUAGUUCACUUCAGCCCUUUCCUUUUUUGGUCAGUAAAUGCUUCCUCAAAACUGUGGAUUACACACAUAAUGCUUUGCCUUAUGUAUUUUAGUAUUUCUUAGGGUGCUGAAAUUGGAUUAGCCCUUCUUCAACUGUGCGGUCAAACUCAGCUGAUCAACACGUCCUUACAUUCUUUGAAAUACUUUUUGCCAGACUGUUAAAAGCCAAAUAAAUUUGGAUAAAGCGUGAUUUUUUUUUUAGCAUUUACAGCUCAAGCUCUUGUUUUAAACAGUGAAAUGAUAAACCCCGUUCCCCACAUGAAGCAUUCAGCAGAUCAACAACAGUCUGGUACCAGUUGCUUUAGAGGCAGUAGAGUGAAUAGCAGCAGGGCAGAGGGCACGUCAAGUCAAACUUGGGUGCGCAGUGGUAUGGAGCACCCUCUUCUGCAAUGUAGAGGUCACUAACUGGCAGAGCACUUGGGAGGCUUUUCCACAGGUUAAUCACUGGCUUGCAAUAAGCACUUGAUUUCACAACCCUACUGAAGUAUCUGCGUGCAGUCUGCCUCAUGAUGAUUAUUGCUUCCCUGAAGUGCAUUAAGGUCUCAUGGAAGGCACUAAAAAAAUCAGCUGUAGGCUAUUAUGCUUGUGUCAAAGGAGCAUGGAUGGGAUGCAGCUGCUGUAUUAAGGGAGGCAGCUUUAGCACUCUUGGGUGGAACAACCACUACUUCAGAAACCACUGUCUUAAAAAGUUUAUUUGUAAAAUAUAAAUGGCUGAUAAACUAUCACUAUUAGUUGAUUGAGAAUGUUGCUUUAUGGCAGUUAACUCCAAGAAGGACCUUUUUUUCUUAGUAACAAGAACAUAGGCUGAAAAAUGGGACAGGGAAUUAAUAGGACAAUUUUUGCAUUCAGGUGGGGAAAAAAAAAGUUGUUUUAUUGUUUACCAGAAAAAAAAAAUAAUAGAGUAAGUAUACCAAACCCAUUUUUUUUCAGUAAAACUAUUUCCUUGUCAUCAGCAUUGAGAGUAAACAAUAUAAAGAGAGUAAAAAAUUAGAGGCAUGCUUUAUCCCAAAGUUUGUUGUCCUCUAACAAGAGAUUUAUAAAUCAAGCACAGUCGCCAAAGCACCAGCUGGGCAGUAGAUUGAAACAGAAAACCCAGGAUGUUUUAACUGGCUUCUAAUCUCAAGAUGAACUUCCUUAAUGAGUGUAACUUCAAGAACUGGUUGGA